UUUUUACAUGCUCUCUCUCUCUCUCUCUCUCUCUCUCUCUCUCUCUCUCUCUCUGCUCUUGCUCUGCUUCCGUCGCACUCUCCUCUAGAACCUGGCAAUUGAAGAGAAUCAGCAAGCUACUGUCAGAGAAAUCAAACCCACAAGCAAAGGAGUCAUCAUGGGAGCUGAAGAAGAAAAAAACACGAUGUUGCCUCCAUGGCUUAAACCUCUGCUUCGAGAGAAGUUCUUCGUACAAUGCAAAUUACACGCAGAUUCACACAAGAGUGAGUGUAACAUGUACUGUUUAGACUGUACCAAUGGUCCUCUCUGUUCUCUCUGCCUCUCUUUCCACAAGGAUCAUCACGCCAUUCAGAUAAGGAGAUCAUCGUAUCACGAUGUGAUCAGGGUAUCGGAGAUCCAAAAAUUUCUGGACAUAACAGGAGUUCAGACAUAUGUGAUUAACAGUGCUAAGGUUGUCUUCUUGAACGAAAGACCUCAACCCCGACCGGGCAAAGGCAUCGUGAACACCUGCGAAGUCUGUUAUCGGAGCCUCGUUGAUUCUUUUAGAUUCUGCUCUCUUGGCUGUAAGAUCUCUGGAGUAUCUAAGAGUUUCGACAAGAAAAGAAAGGAUUGGACAAACAAUCUCUCAGAUUCUGAUGGUUCGUAUAGCAGUUCUACUAGUAUAGGGAGGCUCAAGAAGAAUGAUGACAUGAUUCAUAAUAGUUUCACACCGUCAACACCACCUCUAUCUGCCGUGAAUCGUCGAAUUGCAAAACGAAGAAAGGGAAUACCGCACCGUGCUCCUUUUGGGGGACUAAUCAUAGAAUACUAAGAAAAUGGUAAUGUAUAGUCUUAUGCUAAUAACCAUCACUAGUAGUUUG